AUGUUAAGCGCAUUUCUAUGCAUUGCAAGUAGCCUUAGAAAUAAGAGGAUUAAAUUAGAUGAAAACAAUUUUAAGGAUUGCCCAACAAUCGUUGAUAAUGAGUUGAAAUCAUUAGAUGAAAUAGUAGAGUUAACAUUAAAAGCAGGUGAAUGCCGAGAGAUUUCAGCCUAUUCUUAUUCAUUAGCUAGCCAAUCUGAAAUCACAGCUGAUUAG